UCGCUCUUGUUGCAUACAAACACAAGCCAAGCCAGUGAUCUAGUAGCACUAGUAGUUGUAGUACCGGUAGCCAUUAAAAUUCACCUAACCAUUGUAUUUCUUGAGAAGCCACUAGAGCAUGAGUCCACCAUGGACAAAGAGGCAGAACAAGCUGUUCGAGAAGGUGCUAGCCAGGUACGACGAGAACACGCCAGACCGCUGGCAGAAGGUGGCGCGGGAUGUUGGCGACGGCAGGUCCGCCGAGGAAGUGAAAAGGCACUAUGAGGAGCUGGAACAAGACGUGAAGCACAUUGAGGAAGGAGACCUCCGCCAGUACGGCGGCAGCGGCACUAGAAGCGGCAACACCAAUGGAGGCUCCAGCAACGGUGGCAGAAGACAGGAACAGAGGAUCAAGACUAAGGACAUGUAUCUGCCUACAAGGCAGUGAUCGCUGGGCCGGUGCAAGAAGGAGCUGGUCUUACACAGCUAGCUUCAUCCCUUGCCAGCAUGAAACCAGUACUCUAUCUACAAUAGAUACACACGACCUACACCAUUGUGAUGGUGAUCCCGUAGUCCUGUAGGUAAAGCUGCUACCUAGCGCGCUCCGACGAUGAUGAUGACCACGGCGACGAAGCAAAAAAGAAAGUCCUAGGCAUAAUCAAGCCCCCGCAUCGGAGCUGUAUCUUUCAUAUAUUUUGCUCUACGUGUAUAUGUCCCACCACAAGCUAUGGGUAGCUGGUACUGCCGGAGGUA